AUAUUCUUCAUAAAAAUGGCUUCGAAAUCACUUUGAUUUUUGCUUAUUUUUUCCUUGUGAUUUUCUGGGAUUUUUGUUUUUGAUUGAUUGAAACCUGUGAAACUUUGUCGCAAGAUGAGUCUAGCAAUUGCAUCGAAUUUGAUUUCUCCUCAUAGUUUUAAAUCUAAUGACGUUCGCUGUCACUUUGAAAACAAAACGAUCGAUUCGAUUCUGGAGAAUCCUUAUUUUAAUGAUGAUGAUGAUGAGAAAAUUGAGUUCGAAACAUUCUCUUCAUCUUCAUCUUCAGUAGUUGAUACUGUUGAUGAUGCGGAUGUUAAUUCGCAUAAUUUGCAUGAUGACCAACAUGAUAAUGAUUAUCAAUUUCCAUUAGACAAUAAUGAUGAAGAUUUCAAAAUUAAUAAUUAUAAUUUUGAUCAACAUGAAGGAAAACAACUGUCGCAAUCAUCAGCCUCAUCAAAAACAUCCGAUACAAUAUCGACAACAUUGGUUUCAAACGUCAAACAUCAUUAUGAUCAUGAACAAAAUGUUGAACAUCAAAAGAACAAGACGCAAUCGGUGAUUGCAAUCAAUGAUCGACGACAUCAACACAAACUUUCUUGUUCAUUAUCCGAUCAAGUUGAACUGCCAUCAAUCUGCCACAUCCAAUACAAUCAAGAACAAGAGCGAGAAGAAUCAAUAAUUAUUGGCGAAAAAGAGACAAACGUGGAUAGUUGUUAUUUUUCUGGAAGUGAUUUGUCAUUAUCUGAAUCAAGUAGUAAAGGCAUUUAUCUUUCAUUGGAUGAUCAUCAAUCAUCUAUAAAAAUGUCACCAUCAUUGCCUACACCAUUUGUUUACGGUGAAUUAACUAGACGCUGGCAUGAUGCUUGGUUAUCAGAUAACUCUAAAGAUGAAAGAAAUAUUAAUAGUAAGGAAACAAACUUGGCCACUGUCAAGCACGAUGAUAAGGAUGUUACUGCAAAUUAUCAUUUUAUGACGAAAUAUUCAGGCAAAAUAUCAUAA